AUGGCAGGAUUGGAGAUUGUCCCGAGUGGGGACGAAAUAAAACAAGCUGUUUGGGAUUUAGAUCCUGUAAGCUCUCCAGGUCCUGAUGGGUUCCCAGCAUGGCAAAUCAAACAUGGAAAUUCUCUAAUGAGUGUUUUCUUUCGUGCUCGUUUUCUGAAGAUUGAUGGUUCGCUGAAAACUACCUACCUUUCCUCUUCGAUAUGGCCUGGUCUUAAAAAGGUGUGGUGGUGGGUACAGUCUCAUGAGCAAUGGACUGUUGGGAAUGGUCAGAGGAUAAAUUUUUGGAAAGAUAGCUGGCUGGGAAAGAAGUCUAUUGAGGAGAUGUAUGGUUUGCAGUUAGAUAUCUUUGAUUCGAUGCAGGCAAAGGUUUCUGAUUUCAUUUGCCAAGAGGAGUGGAAUUUUCCCCAGUUUGUUUCUAUUGAUUUGAUCCUUCAGGAACUAUUCGCAGGUAGCACUGAGAGCUCUAUAGUCUCAGUGGAAUGGGCUCUCUCUGCGCUCUUGAAAAACCCAGAGAUCUUCAAAAGAGCAACAGAAGAGUUGGAUAGGGUAGUGGGGAGAGAAAGAUGGGUUCAAGAGAAAGACAUCUCAAACCUACCAUACAUUGAUGGCAUAGUGAAGGAGACAAUGAGAAUGUAUCCAGUAUCACCACUGCUAACACCCCACCAGGCUCAAGAAGAUUGUGAGGUUGCUGGCUAUACCAUUCUAGCAGGAACCAGAGUACAUGUUAGCCAAUGGACUAUAGGGAGGGACCCAAUGCUAUGGGAUGCACCGCAAGAAUUUCGUCCUGAGAGGUUCAUUGGGAAAACAAUUGAUAUAAAGGGACGCGAUUUCGAGCUGUUGCCAUUUGGAUCAGGGAGGAGGAUGUGCCCUGGCUAUGUCCUUGGGCUAAAGAUGAUUCAAUCAUACUUGGCUAACCUCAUACAUGGGUUCCUGUGGGAAUUGCCAGGUGAGAUGCAACCCAAGGACUUGAACAUGGAUGAACUUUAUGGUCUUUCCUCACCUAAAAAGAUGCCGCUAAUCGCAGUGGCUGAGCCUCGACUUCCGGCUCAUCUCUAUUGUGGUUGAUUCUAUUUCAGUUCCUAUAGACUCCUGGCAAUGUAAACUAAAAAUACCCCUUGUAUAAAUUGUGUUUGCUGAGAUUGAUCACAGGCCAUCUAGCAUAUAUACUUCAAAGUAGUGUUGUAAACUUAACCACAUAUGGAUAUAGGCGCUCUAAUGAACCACGUAUGUAUAUUUUUUUUCUGCCUAUCUAUCGUUUACUCUUAUUA